UGAAUAGAAGAAGUUGACAAGAGAAGAGAAGCAGUGUCCCUUUCUUAACGAAAUAAAAAAACACCCGCCACGUGCAACGCGAGGUCCAUUUGUUGUUCUCCUUCUCCGCUCUGAAACUGAAAUCAGAAUAGUGAGUGGUGAUCGCAUCAGCCAUGGCCGUGGUUGUUGCCUCUGCUCCUGGGAAAGUGUUGAUGACAGGGGGUUACCUCAUUCUGGAGAGACCCAACGCAGGACUUGUCCUCAGCACCAACGCUCGCUUCUACGCCAUCGUCAAACCCAUCCAUCACCAAAUCAAAUCCGAUUCUUGGGCAUGGGCGUGGACGGAUGUGCGAUUAACCUCUCCUCAGCUCUCCAGAGAAGCGCUCUACAAACUCGCGCUCAAAACCCUCACCAUCCAAACCGUUUCCCCGAGUGAUUCGAGGAAUCCUUUUGUCGAGUACGCGGUGCAGUAUUCCGUCGCUGCGGCUUAUGCCACCUUUGACCACAAUAAAAGGGAGCUCUUGCACAAACUGCUUUUACAAGGUCUUGACAUUACUAUUUUGGGUAGCAAUGAUUUUUAUUCGUAUAGGAAUGAGAUUGAGAGACGAGGACUCCCCUUGACGCCAGAAUCGUUGGCUAGCCUUCCACCUUUUUCCUCCAUUACCUUCAAUACUGGUGAUGCCGAUGGAGGAGAUUGCAAGCCCGAAGUGGCUAAAACUGGUUUAGGCUCAUCUGCUGCAAUGACAACAGCUGUAGUUGCUGCCUUACUUCAUUACCUGGAUGUUGUAAAACUUUCCUCUUCGAAAGAUCAUCAGGAAAGGAGGGAUGUUGCAGAUCUUGAUUUGGUACAUAAAAUAGCUCAAACAGCACACUGUAUUGCACAAGGGAAAGUAGGCAGUGGGUUUGAUGUCAGUUCAGCUGUGUAUGGAAGUCAGCGCUACGUGCGGUUUUCGCCAGAAGUGAUUUCUUCCACUCAGGUUGCAGAUAAAUCAGUGCCUUUACCAGAUGUUAUCCCUGAAAUUCUAAAAGGAAAAUGGGACCAUGACACGACUGAGUUCUCUUUACCACCUUUGAUGACUCUUUUACUAGGAGAACCUGGUACUGGUGGAUCAUCCACACCAUCAAUGGUUGGUGCUGUCAAAAAAUGGCAGAAGUCUGACCCUCAGAAAUCCCUGGACACAUGGAAAAGAUUGUCAGAGGCGAAUUCAGCAUUGGAAAUGCAACUAAAAUUGUUAAGCAAAUUAGCAAAAGAACAAUGGAAUGCAUAUAAAUCUGUGAUUUACUGCUGCAGCAUGCUCAGAUCAGACAAGUGGAUAGAGCAAGCUUCUGAACCUAGCAAGGAAGCAGUUAUUAAAGCACUGCUAGGUGUAAAAGAUGCAAUGCUGGGGAUUAGAUAUCAUAUGCGCCUGAUGGGUGAAGCUGCAGGUGUUCCAAUUGAACCAGAAUCACAAACGCAACUUUUAGAUGCUACAAUGAACCUGGAAGGAGUAUUGUUGGCUGGAGUGCCAGGGGCUGGAGGAUUUGAUGCAGUCUUUGCUGUCACUUUAGGAGAUUCGAGCAGCAAUGUUACAAAAACAUGGAGUUCACUUAAUGUCCUUGCCCUGUUGGUUAAAGAAGAUCCUUGUGGCGUAUGUGUAGAGAGUGCUGACCCACGAACCAAUGAAAUCACAUCAGCUGUGUCUUCAAUUCACAUUGAAUAAGUUGUUUCCAUCAAUUACAAAAUGUAACUCACCACAAAAUUAAUUAUGCAGAAUGUGGCUUAACUAGGUAUUAGAUUUUUUCAAUUUCGGGGGAAAAUGAGUGGCAGAAUGAAAAUGUGUUGUUGAUGUUGAUGUU